GCACAUUAACUUUCUGUAAACAAGCCAGUGUUAGUUAAUUCAACUAGCAGUGUCCGUUAGGCACGCAGGAUAAUUUCCUUCUUGUGCGUUUAUCAGUUACCCAAGUGCUGUGGUUGCAGACAUCCUUGCUCAUAAUUUGAUUGACAUCCACAUUUUUCGUCGACCCACCGUCCCAUAACGUAGAAAACCGGCUGUACGGAACGGAAUCUUUACCAAAAUCAUUGUUUGGGGUUUGGCUGGAAAGUGGAAACUUAAUUACUCUGAACUGAUAUGAUCAAAAUCGAAUUAACAAUUAUUUUCAUGGAAACGUCUCACUGGAGUAACACGUGACAAUACUCAAUUAUAUUACCGUCACGUAAAACAGUUUGCAGAACUGUUCAUUGCCGUUAUAAAGGGAAACGUUAUUUGUUUAAAUUAAAAGGAUGACACGAGCAACUUACUAGUCAAUAGCUCCGGUAAUUUUCGGAUUGCAACUUCCGGGAACUAAAUCACAUGGCAUCCAGUUGCGCGUUGUUCCUCGGGGGUUUUGCAUUGUCAGAAUAAGAGCCUCAAUUCUAUAGCAUCCUUUAAUUUCGGGAUAACGAGCUUUAUCCAUCAACGACUGCGAAAGGUCAACAACACCGGGAAUACCCAGACACACCGGUAAAAGCGUAAGCACAUAAAUUAUCUUUGCUGCCAUUUUUCAAUAAAUCAAAAUUUUCGACCUUAAAGUUUUAUUAACAGACAAUUCUUUUAUCUUGUGUAUUAGGGCCCACCUUGAAUUACCUAAGGCAAGAACAAAUUUAACCGGAAUCGGUCUUUGCCUUUUUAUUUGAUGAAUAUUCCUUUAUGUUGCGCACUCGGCAAGCAUACGUUGUGCGUGUUCUAUACGCUUCUUUUUUAGUUUGAGUUUGCUCUGUAUUUGUCAUUCUGCUGCAUAAGCAGGAUGGGCGCACUAUUUCGAAGAAUGCAGUAUUUAUGUUGAUUAUUUGAAAGAUCAGGGUUGGGAAGACCGUACAUCUGCAACAAAUAACUAUCCGGUUUUGGCAAAAUAACGGAGUAAUGGUGGUAGAUGUUAUUGUGCGAUUUGUGUAAGUACCCAAAAACGAUUCCGCAUAUACGGUAGUCUAAAAUACAAUAUUAUUAUGAAAACAUGCACUGCAGGAGUACUUGUACAAUUACUGAAUUUACUGUAAACGACUGCUGUAUACAUAGGUAACAAUCCUGGCAAGUUGAAUGGCUGAGCCUUAAUAAAAAAUUUAUUGGAUACGCCAACGACUUUCCAAUCUUUCUUAUUUCAACUUUUCGACUACCGGUGGAAAACUCACAAUGUUACUGUACGUUUAUUCCCUAGUUACUGUACGUUUAUUCCCUAGUACGUUUAUUCCCUACUGUACGUUUAUACCCCUUGAAAUGGUUUAUACUCGUAUAUAAGCAAAAUUGUUUUAAAAUGGCCAUGGUUUUUGAAUUCUGCGGACACUCAGAAAUAAUCUAUCUUGGUAGGUGCUGUAUUUCGGAUUUUGUUGGCCUCUGGCGAAAUUUCCGCUCAGUUGAUAACCGAUCAUUGUACUGAAAAUUUUAAAUGCACUACUCUACCUGUUUUAACCGCGGUUUGCCAUAAUGAUAUUACAGCAGCGAGCUUGCUUUUUCAACUCCCAAGGUUGAAGUGCCCUGGCAUUCAGUACAAAAAUAUAAUAUAAUAAAAACCAACGAACAUUAGAGUGCCUUCGUAAACUUCACUCAAAUCUGGUGAACGUUUAGACCGAAAUCGCUCAUGCAGUUGAAAAGUGGAAAUACGAGUACAAUUUCUGUAUGUUGCCGACGCCGGAGUUGCUAAUUUGAAUUUCGAACUAAUUAAGUUAAGUUACGUAAUGCGAGUAGGUGUAAAUAAUAUUCGUGUUGAACGAUUUCAUGGUAUGUUGUUAAAUGAUUAUCGCAUAGUACGUCUAAUUACUGCGUAAUCACAAGAAAAACGUGUAUGAAAUAGGUACAGAUAACAUACAAAAUCAUGCUCGUAUAAAUAGCCCGAAGACUGCUAUGUAAAUGAGUGACAAGCUUCGAGCUCGGUUGAUGUUACGUGUAGUUGCAAUAUUCUCACAAUCAGCCUUGCGUUCCUCGGGUACCAGUUAAGGAGACAACGUCGGAUUGCGGAAUAUGGAACUGGUCACGAAAUAUAAAACUUUAGUACUUUACCUCGUCCUAGAUUUCUUUGACCUGUGCUUGGGUCAGAAGAUAAAAAUCACGCAGAAUUAUGCCGACGUGUUGUACGUCACCGGAAGUGGGACAGGAAUCGCAGGAUCUGGAACUGGUAGUACUGGAACCGGGACUGGAACUAAUGCAGGAUGCACCGCAGUUCCUAACGUUAUCGCGACCCCGAACACUUACAAUAUUGGCCAGUUAAUGACAACCGGACCAUGGUAUGGUUAUUUGACCUUUAACAGCGACUCCGGCUCGACGCAGAACCCUACGGAUGUGAAUGUCGUCAAUUACUAUACCAGUCUUGGGAAAAGCGUCGAGCCUACCCGAAGCCAGUUAUCUGAAAUAAUUUAUCAAGAAAAGCGCAAAUACGCAAGUGGUAGUUGUGCUUACUCACUUGAAAUCAGUGAAUUCACAACUGACGGACGCCAGUUUGGACCGUACAAUGGACUGACCAGCACGGGGACCAUAAGCGAUGAUGGUUAUGAUGCUUCCAUCAUCUGGUCAACUGACCAAUCGACGUACAUACUAUUCUUCUGGUGUGCAAAACACAAUUGGGCAUCGGGAGCAUGUGCCAGCACUCACAUUUACGUCUACACCAGGACAAGGCCAACGGAUAUGUCAUCUACGUUGACGCAGUCGAUCAACAGCGCGGUUAACGGUGUCCUGCAGACGUACUGCUUAAACACCAGCCAGUUUGCCGCGUAUAAGUGGGACAACACACUUCCGGAGUGUCCCAAACCUGCCUGGCCGGAUUGUUUUAAUCACACCGUAAACGCCUAUAAAACAUUAAUUGAAUAACAUAAUGCCGAUGUUAAACUGGGAGAGAAAUUUAUAUACGGUUGUGUACCAUCUUGUUAUUCAAAAGAUACUGUUAAACAUGACUUUGUGUGCAGUUUUUUUAAGGAUUGAUCGUCUUAAUUUAUGACAAAACCGUUUUAUACGGUCUGAAUCUAAAUUUUGUAAAAGUGCAACUUUGAUAAUCAUCCCUGAUGGAUAUUGUCGUAAUAUUGCUAUGCAGUUAUAUACUGCGAAUGCAUUUUGAUUACAAUGCAAAAGCUCAUCGCAACAUAAAUUCUUUCUGAGG